GUGAUGAGGGUGGUGUUAAGAGUGGUAGUGGAGCGGCCACACUGUCUCUCUCCCUCUCCUGGUGUGUCUCCGCGUCCACCACCGUCACCCGAGUGGUACUACUAUAGUGGCUAGCCGAGCCCCUGCGGGUCCUGGCGCCGGUCAACACUGCUUUGACACCUCUCAUCUCUGACCUUCCGACGUGUUACACAGCUCUUGGCGACAAAUUUGGACUGGAAUUAGACUUGAUCCAAGAAGGCGGGAGGAGUGUAUAGUGUUGAGGGUGUGAGGUGUUAACCCGGCGGUGUAGAGACUGGUGUAGCGGGUGUGAGUAUGGUUGGUGUAGUGGUGUACACUGGUGGAUGGUAGCGUUGGUGUUGACCACCACCACCAGCAGCACUACCAGCAGCUGGUAGUGUUCUCCGGGUGAGAGGCGGCCGGAGCUGCACCAACCUCCACCAAACAUGGCUAAAGGAAAGGACAAGGACGCCACCCAACACUUCUUCCCGGGUGACUACAUAUGGAUCGAACCAGUAUCUCGACGGGAGUUUGAUGUAGCCAUCGGCGCCCGGGUGGUUAGUGCUGAGGGUCGACGUAUCCAGGUCCAGGACGACGACGGUCAGGAACAAUGGCUGACCCCGGAGAGGAGGAUCAAGGCGAUGCACCCCACAUCGGUGCAGGGGGUGGAGGACAUGAUCUCCCUAGGGGACCUCCACGAAGCUGGUAUCCUCCGCAACCUUCUCAUAAGAUACAACGAGAACCUCAUCUAUACAUACACAGGGUCCAUCCUGGUGGCAGUGAAUCCAUACCAAAUAUUACCAAUCUACACAGUGGAUCAGAUCAAGCUAUACCGUGGAAAGAAGAUUGGAGAGCUUCCACCACACAUCUUUGCCAUUGGCGACUCCUGCUACAACAACAUGAGGCGCUUCAAGCAGGACCAGUGUAUCGUUAUCAGUGGAGAAUCUGGUGCGGGGAAGACAGAGAGCACCAAGCUUAUUCUCCAGUACCUGGCGGCCAUCUCUGGCAAGCACUCCUGGAUUGAGCAACAGAUCUUGGAAGCCAAUCCUAUUCUAGAAGCAUUCGGCAAUGCGAAAACAAUCCGAAAUGACAACUCCUCGCGCUUUGGUAAAUAUAUAGACAUCCACUUCACAAAGGAUGGAGUGAUCGAGGGGGCGUCUAUCGAACAGUACUUGUUGGAGAAGUCUCGUCUAGUCUCCCAGGGUAUCGAUGAGAGAAACUACCACAUAUUCUACUGCAUGUUAGCUGGCAUGACCCGGGAGGAGAGGCAGAAACUAGAGCUAACAGACUCAUCCCAGUACAAAUAUCUGACAGGAGGGGGCAGCAUCACCUGUGAGGGACGAGAUGAUGCUCGGGAAUUUGCAGAUAUUCGCUCAGCUAUGAAGGUGCUUAUGUUUAGCGAUUCUGAGGUAUGGGAGAUACUAAAGCUGCUCGCUGCAAUCUUGCACACAGGCAAUAUCAAAUUUAAAGGCAAAGUCAUAGAUAACUUGGAUGCAUCGGAGAUCCCAGACACGACAUCGAUGGUGCGAGUGGCCCGGUUCCUGGGUGUUGAGCCACGAGCCAUGAAGGAGGCUCUCACCACACGAACCAUUUUUGCACAAGGCGAAACUGUUGUAUCUCAUCUAAGUCAUAGUCAAGCCACAGACGUUCGCGAUGCGUUUGUGAAGGGCAUUUAUGGUAGACUCUUUAUCUGGAUAGUGAGCAAAGUGAAUGCUGCAAUAUUCAAGCCUCAGACAUCGUUCAGAACGUCUAUUGGUGUCCUCGAUAUCUUUGGCUUUGAGAAUUUCAAAACCAACAGCUUUGAACAGUUCUGCAUCAACUAUGCCAAUGAAAACUUGCAGCAGUUCUUUGUUCAACACAUCUUUAAGUUGGAACAAGAGGAAUACAACUCUGAAAACAUCAACUGGCAGCAUAUAGAGUUUGUGGACAACCAGGACACACUUGACCUCAUCGCCAUCAAACAACUCAAUAUCAUGGCACUAGUGGAUGAGGAAUCUAAGUUCCCCAAGGGCACUGACCAGACCAUGUUGCAGAAACUACACAAGCAGCAUUCAAGACAUAAACAGUACCUUAAACCCAAGUCAGACCUCAAUGCCUCAUUUGGCAUCAAUCAUUUUGCUGGAGUUGUCUUCUAUGAUACCCGAGGCUUCUUGGACAAGAACAGAGACACUUUCAGUGCUGACCUGCUGCAGCUCAUCCACAAUACCUCGAACAAGUUCCUCCAACACCUCUUUGUGGAGGACAUAGGAAUGGGCUCGGAGACGAGGAAGAGAGCACCAACAUUGUCGGCUCAGUUUAAGAAGUCGCUCGACAUGUUGAUGAAGACUCUCCUCUCCUGUCAACCUUUCUUCAUAAGAUGUAUCAAACCUAAUGAGUUCAAGAAGCCAAUGCUGUUUGAUCGAGAGUUGUGUUGCCGUCAACUUCGGUAUUCUGGCAUGAUGGAAACAAUUAGGAUUCGACGGGCUGGUUAUCCUAUUCGUCACACCUUCAGGGAAUUUGUCGAGAGAUACCGCUUUCUCAUUAAUGGCUGCCCUCCUGCACACAAGGUUGACUGCCGAGCUGCGACAACUAAGAUAUGCCAGCAAGUGUUGGGUCGGGCAGAUUAUCAGCUUGGGCAUACCAAAGUCUUCCUCAAGGAUGCCCAUGAUCUUUUCCUUGAACAGGAACGAGAUAGAGUUCUCACUAAGAAGAUCACAAUUCUGCAGCGGUGUGUCCGUGGGUGGUACUACAGGAGGAGGUUCCAGAAGAUGCGAGAGAGUGCCAUUAUCAUCCAGAAGAACUACCGCACCUACGCUCAGAAACGUCGUUAUCACAACAUGCGUGUUGGUUACAUGAGGUUACAGGCUCUCAUCCGCUCGAGGGUCGUUUCUCAUCGCUUCAGACAUCUACGAGGUCACGUUGUGUCAUUACAGGCUCGAUGCCGAGGUUACCUUGUGCGAAGAGAGUUCCAGCGCAAGAUGUGGGCAGUGACCAAAAUCCAGGCCCAGGUAAGAGGAUUAAUUGCACGUCGGCAAUAUCUGAAGCUGAAGCUGAGGGUAGAAGCUGCCAGACAGAAGGAAGAGGAAGAGCGAGCGCUCAGGAAGCAGAUGGACAAGCGCAAGGCUAAGGAGAUUGCCGAAAGGAAUUUCAAUGAGCGCAUGAGGGAAUUAGAGCUGGAAGAGGAGUUGCGUUCCCAGGAGGAGCGGGAGAUGAUGGCCCGCAAUAGACUUAAGGUGCAAGAGGCUGAGAGGCAGAGAGACGAGCCUGUUGAUGACUCCAAAUUGGUGGAAGAGAUUUUUGGCUUCCUCAUCCCAGAAUUUACACCUAAUAAUCACGCUUCUACAACAGCCUUCCCGGGUCUACCUCCUCCUGGUAAGGAAACGGAGUCAGAGGAUGAGAUCAUUUCAACAAUACCCCAUUCUACAGAGCCGAUUGAGGACCUUUCCAGCUACAAAUUCCAGAAAUAUGCAACAACUUAUUUCCAGGGCAAUGUCAACCACCAGUAUUCACGGAAACAACUCAAACAGCCACUGUUGCAGCUCCAGACACAGGGAGACCAGCUGGCAGCCUUGGCGUUGUGGAUUACGAUACUGCGCUUCAUGGGUGACAUGGCUGAACCCAAGUACCACAUGAUGGACAGAGACAACACCUCGGUCAUGUCCAAGGUUUCGGCCACACUGGGCAGGAACUUCAUCAAGAGCAAGGAGUUCCAGGAGGCUCAGAUGAUGGGCAUGGAUCCUGUUGUGUACAUGUCUCAAAAGAACCGCAGCAUCCGCCACAAGCUAGUGUCGCUGACCCUGAAGAGAAAGAACAAGCUCGGGGAGGAUGUGCGGCGACGCCUACAAGAGGACGAGUACACUGCUGAGAGCUACUCUUCCUGGUUAGAUUCCAGGCCAACCUCUAACCUGGAAAAGUUGCACUUCAUCAUUGGCCACGGCAUCUUGAGAGCAGAACUAAGAGAUGAAGUGUACUGCCAGAUAUGCAAACAGCUGAGCAAUAAUCCAUCAAAAUCUUCACAUGCACGAGGCUGGAUUUUACUGUCCUUGUGUGUUGGCUGCUUUGCUCCAUCAGAGGACUUUGUCAAGUACCUGCUCUCCUUCAUUCGUGAGGGCCCCCCAGGCUACGCUCCCUAUUGUGAGGAGAGACUGAAGAGAACAUUUGCUAAUGGAACCAGGAACCAGCCACCAAGCUGGUUGGAGUUACAGGCCACCAAAUCCAAGAAGCCACUGAUGUUACCCAUCACAUUCAUGGACGGAAACACCAAAACAUUAUAUGCAGACUCGGCGACAACGGCCCGUGAACUGUGCAACCAACUCUCCGACAAGAUAAUCCUACGUGACCAGUUUGGCUUCUCCCUCUAUAUUGCUCUCUUUGAUAAGGUAUCGUCAUUAGGCAGUGGAGGUGACCACGUUAUGGAUGCUAUCAGCCAGUGUGAGCAAUACGCUAAAGAACAAGGCGCCCAGGAAAGGAAUGCCCCUUGGAGGCUCUUCUUCCGCAAGGAGAUCUUUGCCCCCUGGCAUGAUCCCACCGAGGACCCUGUUGCCACCAACCUCAUAUAUCAGCAGGUUGUGCGUGGUGUUAAAUUUGGCGAGUAUCGCUGUGACAAGGAUGAGGACCUGGCCAUGAUCGCUGCUCAACAGUACUACAUUGAAUUUGGAACUGACAUGAAUACAGACCGACUCUUCAACAACCUCCCAGGCUACAUCCCAGACUACUGUGUGUCUGCGGGGGAUAAAGCCAUUGACCGUUGGGCCAGCUUGGUCGUUGCAGCAUACAGAAAGAGUUACUAUGUUAAAGAGAGAGUCCAAACCCUCAAAGUGAAGGAAGAUGUAGUUAGUUAUGCAAAAUUAAAGUGGCCUCUAUUAUUCUCAAGGUUCUAUGAGGCAUUUAGAUAUUCUGGACCAAACUUGCCCAAAAAUGAUGUGAUCAUUGCGGUGAACUGGACUGGUGUUUAUGUUGUGGAUGACCAAGAGCAGGUUCUCCUGGAGCUGUCCUUCCCAGAGAUUACUACAGUGUCAUGUAACAAAACACAGAAGGUCUAUACACAAACUUUCACUCUGUCCACUGUGCGAGGAGAAGAGUUUACCUUCCAGAGCCCCAACAGCGAGGACAUUCGGGACUUGGUGGUGUACUUCCUCGAGGGCCUCAAGAAGCGAUCCAAGUUUGUCAUAGCAUUGCAAGAUUACAAGGCCCCUGGUGAAAACUCGUCAUUCCUUACCUUCAAUAAGGGCGACCUCAUCCUUCUGGAGGAGGACUCAUCAGGGGAGACUGUUAUGAAUGCCAGCUGGUGUGUUGGUAGAUGUGAGAGAACAAAUGAAAGAGGCGACUUCCCAGCUGAAACGGUCUAUGUUCUCCCUGCAGUCACUAAGCCUCCACUAGAUAUUCUGGCACUGUUCACAGCUGAAGGUGCUGAACAUGGUCGCAAGCUAUUCACCCCACAGCUGAAUGGUGCUGAACCACAUGAAAAACCUCACACUCUAGAGGAAUAUGCUAUAGAUCACUUCAGGCCGCCUCCAAAACGCACAGUGUCUCGGUCCAUUACCCUCACAUCAGCUCGACGACCCACAAAUGAGUGCUUGUGGAAAUAUUCCAGAGAGCCUAUAAAGCAGCCUUUGCUGAAAAAGUUAUUGCACAAAGAGGAGCUAGCUCAAGAAGCUGUUUAUGCAUUUAAUGCCAUGCUCAAGUACAUGGGAGACUUGCCAUCGAGAAGAAAUCGGCAGGGUAACGACCUCACGGAUCAGAUCUUUGAUGGUCCUUUGAAACACGAAAUCCUCCGGGAUGAGAUAUAUUGCCAGGUUAUGAAGCAACUGACGGAAAAUAGGAACCGUCUGAGUGAGGAGCGUGGCUGGGAGCUCAUGUGGUUGGCUACCGGCCUGUUUGCCUGCUCUCAGAAUCUUGUCAAGGAACUGACUCAAUUCCUUAGAACCCGCCGACAUCCCAUUGCGCAAGACUCUCUCCACAGACUACAAAAGACGCUCAAACAUGGACAACGUAAAUACCCACCGCACCAAGUGGAGGUCGAGGCCAUCCAUCACAAAACAACACAAAUCUUUCAUAAGGUGUACUUCCCUGACGAUACAGAUGAAGCAUUUGAGGUUGACUCAUCGACGCGAGCCAAGGAUUUCUGCUCAUCUAUUGCACACCGCCUUAACCUCAAGAGCUCGGAAGGAUUCUCUCUGUUUGUAAAGAUUGCCGACAAAGUCAUUUCAGUACCUGAAGGAGACUUCUUCUUCGAUUUUGUCCGACACCUAACUGACUGGAUCAAGAAGGCUCGACCGUCCAGAGAUGGUACUACACCUCACUUCACAUACCAGGUGUUCUUCAUGAAAAAACUUUGGACGAACACUGUACCAGGAAAAGACCGUAAUGCUGACAUCAUUUUCCACUUCCACCAAGAACUUCCCAAACUCCUGAGAGGUUAUCACCGCUGUACCAAAGACGAGGCUUCCAGAUUGGCUGCCCUGGUAUACCGUGUCCGCUUUGCCGAGAGUAAACAAGAACUUUCUCUAAUUCCGAGCAUGCUGCGAGAUCUUAUACCAGCAGACCUGGCGAAGUCACAGAGUACCACUGAAUGGAAGAGGCUUAUAGUGCAGCACUAUAAUGGUGAUGCAGGCAUGAGUCCUGAGGAGGCCAAGAUAUCCUUCCUCAAAGUGAUAUAUCGAUGGCCUACGUUUGGCUCUGCGUUCUUUGAGGUGAAACAGACAACAGAUCCCAACUAUCCAGAGCAUCUCCUCAUAGCCAUCAACAAGCAAGGAGUUUCUCUCAUUCACCCAGUCUCAAAAGAAAUUCUCAUUACCAAUCCCUUCACAAGAAUCAGCAACUGGUCAUCUGGCAAUACGUACUUCCACAUGACGAUUGGUAACCUGGUGAGGGGCACGAAGCUGCUGUGUGAGACUUCACUUGGCUAUAAGAUGGAUGAUCUUCUUACCUCUUACAUAUCGUUAAUGUUAACUAAUAUGAAUAAGCAAAAAACCCUUCGCUUGAAAUAAAGACCAAGAGCUCAAUUAGAAAUAUCACUAGCUAUUUUUUCUUUUAUAAAUAGUAGGUUACCAAAUUUUGACUGGAAUUGGAAGCUUGAGAAAUAUGAUAAUUUUUCUUAAAUGAAAUGUGAAGGUUAAGGAAAUUUUUUUAACUUAACACCAGAUAAGUUUAAAUGCUAUUGAGGGAACUCUUGAACCUGGACCUUCUAUAGACUGCGUGCAAAUCCCUAACAGAAUAGUGAUAUUUUCUUCUGAUUUGUAUGUUGACUUUCUGUUGACAAGAAUGUUAAUAAACAAAAAUGAAGAUAGCUUUUUAAGAGACACGUUCUUAAAUGUUAUUCAUUUAGCAUGCAAAGGUGCUACAAAAUAUUGAAUAUUUUAAUCCCAUUAAUAAGAUAUGGAAGUUUACUCUUUUGCAUGUGGCUGAUAAGGACCGAUUACUUACAUUUAAUGUAUUUAUAAGGUUAAUCAAAUCUAUACAGUAUUUUUAUCAGUUAACAAGAAUUUAACACUGUGUGUAUAAAUGACAAGAAUCAUAUAAUUUUUGAGUGGUUGUGAAGUGAAUGUGCUCUUUUAUCAGGAUUAUGAAUACAUCAUCCCUGAUAUGCUUUCAGUCUUGGCAUCAUUUGUGAGUGGCACGCUGUGUGAGCGGCAAGUUAAACGGUUAUGAGCCAUGUUAUCCCGUGCCUUCCAUACUCAAUGUGAUUAGCUUUAACACUUGUAAUUAUUCUUUAUUUGUAAGAGUUAACUGUAAACAGUUUGUGUAGAAGUAAUUUGGUGUUUAAUUAUCGUUCAUCACAUGUUGCAGUACAGUACUCUAAAUAAACUAUGAUUUUCUUCUCUUUCAAAAGCACGAAUGUAGGUAUGAUAGACCGUUCAAGUUUGGCUUGCAAGUCGCAAGUUCUUUCAUUUAAUUUCUUGUGUCGGGUAUUUUAAGAUUGUAUAAAAGAUAUCCUUUCUUUAUCAAAUUUCUAUGGUUGUAUAUUUCAAUAUAUGUUACUAAUUAGGGCACAAGAUGCACUUCAUCUUACUGAUGUAUGUAUUUUAUCAAUUCUCUUAAUUCUUUAUAUAAUAUAGACGUAUAUGGAAUGAGGUUGCCGUCUUAAGUGAACCAAAUAGUGAACAUAAUACAGUAAUACGUUAAGAGGCAGUUUUAUUUAUUUGUUGUAUAUGUAUAUAUAUAUAUAUUUAGUUGGUCGUGCAGAAUAUUUGACAGUUUUAUUUUUAUAGGUCAUUGUUGCCACUUUUCCACCAUUUGUUAUUUUGGGAAAUGAAAAUAUAUUUUCCUACAAG